UCGUCGGGCCGGUGCAAUUUAAUCUUUUUGGUUAGGUGUUGCCGUGUGUGUGUAGAAACUACCGCCACCGUCACCGCCACCGCAGCCGCCGCUGGUACCACCAUUCGUGCGAGGAGAGCGGACGUGCGUGUGUUGUUAAAAUGGUGACAGUGAUAAAGUAGCAUCUCAGCUCAUCAGAAUGGACGUUGCCGGUGAUCUGACCCUGCAAUGGGUCGAGGAAGUGGGUAAUGUUGAAGAGGUAAUAUGCGACCUUGAAGCACAACUGGACACUCCUGUGGAAGAAGUGGUUGCAGCAUGCGAAGAAGUAGAAGAGACUGUAGAGUCUGCUGUAGAAGGAAACACUUCUAUGGGAGAUACAGAGAUUUUAAUGGUUCCACAGAGUGAUAUUGAAUCCAUAUAUGUGAUUCCGCAAGACCAGGGUCAUGACUAUCUCAAUAUACAAGUUACUGAAGAAGUCAUUACUGAUAAUUGGGACAGAUCUGGUCCUGAUGAUGGUAUGGAGGUACCAGAAACGAAAGUCUCACAUGAUAAUUUACUAGAAUAUGAUGAUAUGGAAAUACCUUUACCCAUUGAUCAAGAUUCUUAUACUAAUACAAGACCAUACCCAUGUGAUUUUUGCAGUAAGAGAUUUAGAAAAAAGGCUAAUCUCAUGAAUCAUAUGGUUACACAUCAAACGGAUCGACCUCAUGGUUGCAAUUUAUGUGGAUCUAGAUAUGUGAGGAAGUCUGAUUUAAUGAACCAUAUGAAAAUUCAUGCUUAUGCACCAACAACAACAGAUGGAUUGGAUGACGAUGGCUUAAUAGAGGAUCCUCUAGCUACUGGAGAUGAAGUCAGUCAUCCACUGAAAGGUAGACGUAAGAAAGUGCAAACAAAUGUUCCUAGGAAGCGCAAAGCUCCUGCUGGUAACAAACGUACUAUUGAUGAUGUAGCUAAACUGGAUAUGAGCAAAUGGACAGAUCAGCUAUCCACAGAACAACAAAUUCCUCGUUGGCCAGUUACUGACUCAUCUAAACCAUAUGUGUGUCAGUUUUGUGGACUUGGUUUUGCUAGGGAAAAAGCUCUAGCCUCUCAUUCGAGAAUACAUGGUGGUGACACCCCAUUCGAAUGCACAUCUUGUAAUGAGAUGUUCUGGAAUGUAAAUGCUCUUCAAGAGCAUAUGCGACUGAAGCAUGGUUUGCGCUUGAGCCAGUCUGAUGCAGAUGAUGGAGAAAAUGAGCCAUCUACAUAUGCUGGAGAUGAGAGAUUUGGUGAAUACUUCUGUGACACCUGUGGGGUGCCAUUCCACAGAAUAGAUCUUCUAAAACGCCAUAGAAAAAUCCACAUAAAACAAGAAGUUGACAAUGUUGAGGGUUCCAGUCAACAUCACGUUUGCAAUGUGUGUGGUGAAUGGUUUGAAGAAGCAUUAGCGUUGUUAGCGCAUGCUGAACUUCACGCCAGGUCACCUAGCCGUAGGUGUUUAUUGUGCGGUGAAAGGUGUAGAGAUGAUGCGGAACUCGCUGAGCACGUUCGCGAAUUACACGAGGAAGAUGCACCGCCAAACACAUGCAUUUUGUGUGGAAAGACAUGCAAAGACAAGCGCAGCCUAUUGAAACAUUCAUGGAUUCACAACACUGACAAAACUUUUGGCUGCACCAAGUGUGGUAAACGCUUUCACAGUAAAGCUAGAUUAAGAAGACACAUGGUGUCCCAUCGAAAUAAAAUGGUUGCUUGCGACGAAUGCGGAGAAGAAUUCCCGGAUGGUCGAGCUUUGGUCAGUCACAGGCAUUCUCACAAUAAGGAACUUGGUGGUCGCACGUUCCCAUGCCGAGAGUGUGGCAAGACUUUUGGCAGUCGCAGUUCGCAACAAAUACAUAUCCGUAUUCAUACCGGUGAGAGGCCUUAUGGCUGUCGGUUUUGUUGGAAAGCCUUCGCGGAUGGAGGCACUCUCAGGAAACACGAAAGAAUACACACGGGUGAGAAACCAUAUGGUUGUGCCAUUUGCCCUCGUGCUUUCAAUCAAAGAGUUGUGCUACGUGAACACGUUCGAGCACAUCAUUCAGGUCCUGAUCCUAAGUGCCACAACAGCUUAACGCCGUAUAUUUGUAAAGUUUGUAAUGAAACAUUGCCUUCGUCAGAGGAGUUGGUUGCUCAUAUUGUCGCUCACUGCGAUGAGAACACAGCACUGCGGCGGCAACCGCAAGCAGGUCCGAGGAAGUAUAAGCGCCGACGCAAACUUAAGCAUGAGACAAAUUUCACAACACGUAUGAACGAGUCCUUCGAUCUCCUUGAUGGUCCUUCUGAUUCUGAUGAGAAUCCCAAACGCAAACUUGGGAAAAAAACGAAUCGUCGCUCAAAUGUUGAAGAAGGUUACCAGAACGUGCUCAAGAGUUUCGAAAGCUCGUUGCAAAAUAUUAAUUCGAUUGUCAGUAAUUCCAAGGCUUAUACACCAAAAGCUAAAACCCCUAAAAAGAAGGUGAAGAAGGAGGAAAAAAAGAGUGUAACCAUAGCUGGUAUGGCGGAUGCAUCCACAUCAAAUCAGCCUGGAAGACCAAAAAUGAUCCAUACGCAAAAAACGCGAGUAUUGGUGGACGCUGGUACUGACGGCGUAAAAAAAGGUCAAAAAACAAAAACAAUGGUAACAAGAACGCCGAAAGUUAUGCCUGGUGAGCAGCAGUCACAGCAACAACAGAAGGUGUCUGGUGUUAUUCCCGGUGGCGAGAGAAAUAGACCGCGAACUAAAAAUGUUAGUUAUCACGUCGAGGGUAGACAAGCUUUAUUACCCGCAACGUUUCCCAAGCCAAAGCUUGAUGAACCAAUACUGGAACCUGUGGAAGCCCCGUCCAUCGAAAUGGUCAACAUAAAAAUUGAACCAGAGCUGCAGAAAAUUACUACAACUCCAAAUCAUCUAAACAGCAAUGGCAGCCUCUUAGAUAUGAAAGAUGAAAGUCCUGAGAAGGUGGUAAUGGAAAAACCGUCGCCAAGAAAGCGAGGACCCGCCAAGAGAGGCAAGCGACGCACAUUCCUUGGUACAAGGAAAGCCAAAGAAAAAUCAAUUAUUGUUCCCGAAAUAUCAAGCAAUGAUCUCGAGGAGUCGACGAUCAGUCAACCCGAAGAGCACCAUCUACCCGAAGAAAUAGAACAAGUGCAACCAACACAUCUUUUCGAGUCGGUGGUCGAUGGUAAUAAUCUCGAUGUGGCUUUCGAAGCGAAUGUCGUAUCCGAACAAGUGGAAAUGAUGCAAGAGUCAAUACUGCCGGAUUUAGACAAAGUGAAUCACAUCGAAGAAAUCGGUGCGAAUAACAGCGUGAAAUUAAGCGUAAAGGUAGAAUCAGCUCCUAGCGGUUUGCUUGACGUGCACAGUCUCAUUGGGUCGGUGGAGGAAUCCGUGCCGGAAACCAUUAUACCCGACAACGUCGAGUAUACUUGCGAGAUGUGUUCGGCUGUGUUCUCCACGCGUGCCGAACUGCUCGUACAUGUACCCAUACAUAUUUGAUUCAGCUCGCUUGUCAAGCAUUUGUUCGUGGUUCUAUUGAGGUUUGUUAUUUAAAAGAGACAGAGAUACAUAAUUGCAACCUGCGCGAUUAUCUUUUUACUUAGAAAACUUCGAGAUUUUUUGCAAUUUCACAUGGGUACUGUUUAUGAAUUUAGCGGCGAUUGAAUAUUUCCAGCGAUAAAUGUUUCUUUAAGAAUUACUUUUCCUUCAGUAUUUACACUGAUCUUUGUGCAAGUACGCGAAUCAGUUUAACCGAAUAGAUGAAAAUCUUUGGACUGACAGUUUAUAGGAACUUGCGGAUUUUUUAAUUCAGUAAAUUAUGAUCUUGAAUAGUGCUCAUGUUUGAUUGCAUUUUCGGCACGCGAACUAAGCAGUUUCUUAUCAUCUAACGUCGAAUUUAACUGCAAUUAAUUUCCUAUGUAUUGUUUUCGAAUGUUAGUCAUUCGCUUGUAGAAACAUUGACCAUACCCUAUUUUUUCGUUCAAAAAACUUUUCUAUUUCUAAAGUUUAAGUCAAUUUUAAUUAAAGUUGAGUCAAAUAAUUGUCUACUGGCAAUUUUUUUCUACUUUGGCCGUAUUUACGUUUUCUCCUUAUUCAUUCUUAUCAAAGAAAUGUUUCGUGCUGGCAUCAAAAUAAUUAGGUAACGGUACGUAAAAAGGGAGAGACAUAGUUAUCCCACAGCUCUAAUUGCAUUGAUAAACGGGUUUGAUUAUUGACUAUAUACAUACACACAGUCAUCGUACUGCUAUAUUUAUAAACUUUGGUAAACGUUUUAUAUUAUACAAGUUACAUAGUUAGAUUAUCAGUAGCUAUAGGUUGGAGCAUGUUCUACGAUUAUAUAUUUUAUCAUCGUAUAGCACUUUAAAUCAGUUAAGUUGCUGCUAUAGGAUUUAAGUUAUUCCAAUACCUCCCACAAGCAAUACCCGUCAUGUGCAUAAUCGAGAAUCGUUACAAAGUGUACAAAACAUACAGAGACAACUAUUUCCUCGCACCUAAUAUGCCACACACCAAUGAACUAAACGCAUACGCAUGUAACACGUUAAUUGCUUCGAGCUUCUAGAUUGUACACUAAUCGCAAGAUUUCGCGUAAACCGUCAGUUUAUGACGUACGAAUUUUAACGGUGUUGUCGUUUCAGAACGACCAAUGCAUAAUUUUUAAAGUGAACAAAAAAGUAUGUGUAUUUUGCGAUGCUAAGUGUCUGAACUAUAUGUGGCACGCCAUCGUUAUAAUUGUAUUUUGGACAAAAUUUUGUACAAAUUUUUUAAGUGUUUGAACAAUUUAGCGACCAUUAAAAAAAUUCUUAAUCAAAUUUCACUUAAGCAAGUACAUGAUCUGCACAAAUUAUAUAACGGAUAAAAGAAAAUAUGAUUCAAUAGUAUAGUAAUAGUAUAUAUUGCAUUCAUGUAUUAUAUAUGAACAUUUUUUUUAAAUAUAAUAUGUUUGACGUUUUCAAACACGCGUACAAUUUGAAAAUAUUUAAUAUGUGAAAUGUAAAUUUCAUAUGAUAUCCUGGUUAAUUAUAUAAAAAAUCUGUAAAUAACAAGAUAAAAUUUUUUUUUAUUCAAAGUAUCCAUAUUUACGUACUAAUCACACGAUAUUUCCUUGCGCACCAAUGAGCCAAAUAAACAGCUUGCUUACCUUUAUAUUAAUAAAUCGUGUAAAAAUAGACAACCAUAUUUAGUGAAUUCCACUAACAAAUAACUCAUUUUUAGAAUAAAAUUAAACUAUUUGUUGACCUCUGCAUUUUCAGACUACGUCGUGGUUUGCAAAAAUAGAAACGUUAAUAUGAAAAUAUAAUUUUAGCAAUGUCAAUUCUACAAAAUUUUCAUUUAGGUAAAAAUGGUUGUAAUUUAUUUUCAUUCUUUAUCAAUGGUAAGUUUAGAAAUUAUAAUUUUAAAUCUGCUAAAUCAAAAUUUUUCAAAACUAACGUAUUCUAUAAAUAUUUAUUUUAAUUACAAAAAUGUAGGUGUACAAAAAUGUACAGUUUUAGCUAAUAAAAAUUUUGGUACAAUAUUUUGUUAAAUAGAUCAUAGAUAGAUAAAAAAAAAGGCAUAACUGUUUAUCUGGCAACAGAUGAUUCUUUGUACUAUUUGUACUUUGUUAUUAAUCUAAGUAUAGGGAAAUCAUUAAAGAAAAUGUAACUUGAACAAUAUUUCAUAUUAGUUCAAUGAAACGUUGUUUUCUUAAAAUAUCUCCAACAAACGGAAAUUACUGUCAUUUAUUACUAACGAAAUAUUUUAUUUUUAUGUAUCAACAACACAAAAAUAACUUUUUCUUUGAUUAACUAUAAGUACAUGGUGUUUCGUGAAAAACCAAGAAAAAAACAAAUAUGAUUAAAAUACAAAAUUAAAACAUGAAUCUGCUAAGAACUAUUAAAAAUUAAACAAGAAUCUACUUAGAACUACUUUAUACCUUGUAAAUACUGUCAGAAAUUUAUAUUAUAGCAAAAAGAAUUGAAAUUGAAAUGAAAAACCACUUAAUAAUAAGUGUAUGUUUCAAUUACUAUGUAAAUACAGAUAUUUACAUGGAAUGAUCCUUUUUGUCUGAUGACAUGUAUUCACGAAAAUCUUUCAGCAUAAAUAUUUUUAUUCAACAUUUGAAUCAUAUAAAAAAUAAUUUGGAUGUUAAAUGAAGUAAAUAGUAACAAAUGAUUGUUGAAAAAAAAAACGAAAUAUUGUAGAAAAAAAACGAUGUUUGGAGUGAUAUAGUUAAACCAUUUAUCGAAACUUGUGGAGCAGAGUAUAAAUGUGUAAGUAAUGGUGGUCUUGUCUUAAGAUUAUAUAAACUAAAUAUACAUAGUCUCACACGCAGCAUAAAUAAUGUGUUGUAGCGUAAUAUAAGCAAAUUUAAGUCGUUUCUAAGAAAGAACCCUCUAUUACAUGUACCAUUUCAGUUGUAAUCUAAAAUACAUUGUAUAUUUAGAUAUACAUGAAUAUAUUUAAGCAUUGAAAAAAAAUCUUUAUCUGAAGUAAAAUGAAUAUUUUGCCAAGGAGAAAGAAAAAAUAUACAUUGUACAUAUUAUCUUAUGGAUAUAUGAUAUGGUGGCGUCAUUUACUGUUAACUGUAGUUGUAUUUUCCUUUGAAUAAAUGAUUAUUAGAUAUGUCAAAAGCAUAGUUUAAUUUAAAAAAAAAAUUUAUUUGUUCAUUAAUUGAAACAUUGUGAAUUCAAAAAGUAGAAAUACUUUCAGAAUCAUAGUCAAAUGACUUGUUAACAGUAGCAAGUUGCUAAUAGUAAUGUUAAAACAUGAUUAUGCUUGAUUUGAAUAUAUAUGCAGAUAUUCAUUUACUGUUGAUGACACAUUUUCACUAAUAUUGAAAGAAA